UCAGCUCGUCCAGUCGACCAGGCUCCCGGCAGCGUGCGACCCCCGCAUGGCCCAACAUGCUUCAAGGUACCUCGCCUUCUUCACCAGAUCCUUCCCCGCCUUGGCGCCCUUUUCCUUCCUGAGGUUCCGACGUAAGACCGAGCUCCUGGCCUACCUCGUCCUGUGCGUCUCCAAGAUGCCCUUCAUCCCGCCCGUGUCGCUGGCACGCUCCGUGUCGGGACUGCCCAGUAAGGAUAAGGACGCCACCGACAAGACCAAGGCGUCCAAGGAAGACAAGGGCACCUCGGUGAAAGAGCGCCUGGCGUUGAACCUCAAGCAGCUGGGCAAGAAGAGCCCGCCCAGGAGUCACCUGCCCACCGCCAGGGGACCCCUGGGGGCGGAGCAGCAGGCGAAGAAAAAGGGCCUCCCGUCCGAGAGCGUCCUGGCUUGCGCCCCGGGGGUGUCCUUGGCGAAGACCCACCAGCGGAAACACGUCAACUCAAUAAGAAGUGAGUUGGACUUUAGAAGCAGUACUAAAACUCAUCCGGACGAGACUCGAUUCACGCUGACGCUCACACCCGAGGCCGUGUUGCUGCUUCAGCGGCGGGACAGCGAGAGGCGCUCAGCCGCCGCCGCCAGGAGCGCCGCUGCCGCCAACAACGCCGGAGUCCCCGCCAGCGCCCCGGACCCCAGGCGCAGGAGGGACCCGCUCUCCUCCAAGAGGCACCCGGCCUCCGCGCCGCAGCGCCACAGCGUCCCCGUGGGCCGCAGAACUCAGUGUGAUGCCAGCGCCGUGGUGAAGGUGUCGCUGCUCAACGAGCGGCACAAAUACGACGACGUGGAGUACGAGGACGAGCGGGACGGCGGCGUGGACGAGGGCGUGGUGCUCAAGUGCACAGAGUGGCUGCGGGGGCUGGAGAACACGCCGGUCUCGGUGGCGCUCAAAAAGAGCGCCAGCAGCGUGAAAAGCUUUUAGACAUUUUUAUGCUGAAUAUCAAUGUACUUUUACAACAACGUUUUUCUUUGCUUUUUAAUUGGAUGUGACAACGGUGUAGUAGGCAUGCCAGGCCACUAGUUGGCAGUAUGACUUCUUAAAACUGCUGGUCCAAAUCUGUCCUUUUCACAUGUUUACCACCAAGGGCCACAAAGGGAAAAAUCAAAGUACGCUUUUUGAUAUUUUAGCUAUUCCGGUCGGUUGGUAAUAAUAAUAAUAAUAGAUUUUAUUUGUAAAAAAGCACUUUACAUUGAGUAAACAACCUCAAAGUGCUACAGUGUAUUAAAAAAAAUAAAAAU